UUCCUUUGGCACUAGAGCUAGACAAUUCAUCCAGAAAACAGAUGAUUAAUGUGUGUCACAAGGGUGUAGCACAUGCUCUACUCAUGAAGCCUGACAGAUAAAGAAAGUUUAGAAAAGUAAAAACUCCUGUCUCAAACACAAUGAUUUUGCUGGGGCUACUUUUGGUACUUGGGGCAACAUCAACAAAUGCCCAAUUAAAAUUCUAUGCUAUUGGUGAUUGGGGAGUUGCUGACAUUAACCAAGAUAAUGUUGCCGAAGCCAUGUCAAACCAUGCCCAAGCUAAUGGUCCGAUUGAUUUCAUCGUUUCAACUGGUGAUAACUUUUAUCCUGAUGGUGUCUGGUCAGCUGAUGAUGAACAGUUCACAACAAAAUGGAGGGACAUCUACAAUCUUCCUGGUAUCUCUGACCUGACAUGGUAUAUCACAGUUGGAAAUCAUGAUUAUGGGCAGUCUGGUAUUACAAACAAUGAAUGGUAUCAGGUAGAUUUUGGAAAUAUUGAGCCCCGAUGGCGUCUCCCCAACCUUUAUUACAACUUCACAAUGCCAGCUGGCAGUUCCACAGUACAUUUUGUUGCUAUAGAUUCACAGGCUCUAAGGCGAAAUCUCAAUGACCGUGAGAGUCAGAUUACUUUUAUCGAUGAUCAAUUGUCAAAUUCAAAUGCAGAUUGGAAAAUUGUCUUUGGCCAUCAUCCUCCAUAUACCACUGGAGGUCAUGCCCCUGGAUCCACAAGUAUAAGGAGAUAUGUUCUACCAGCUAUGGAGGCAGCCAAUGCUGAUGUAUAUCUUUCUGGACAUGAUCACAAUCUUGAGUAUCUACGUAAAAUAGAUGGCCGUGACAUUGAUUACAUUUUAAGUGGUGGAGGUGGAAGAAGUCUUUAUCUUCAGAACCCCCUGGCUAUUCCUGAAUUAGAGGUUACAGUUGGUAUAGAGAGUGUGAUGCAUGAGGCAGACCAUGGCUUUGUAUAUUUUGAAAUCUCUGAAAGGCAGAUGACAAUCGACUACAUUAAUGACAGAGGAAACCGUGUUUACCAGGUUACAAGGACCAAACCUUGAAAUAAAGUGUCAUUCAAUGUUAUGAGAAAUAAAUUCUCAAUUAUUGCAAAAGAAAAUAAUGUAUUGUUAUUAGUAAGUCAUAUGAGACACAUUGUAAAUACCAAUAAGUCAACGAUAUCAAUAUGUAGCAAUGAGUGUCAAGAAGUGUCAUAAGUAUCGGAAAAUAAGAUUUUUCUCAAACAAAAAUCUAAAACAGAAGAUAAUAGUCUCAACCUCAUCCCACCAUGCAAGG